UAAAAAAAAAAAAAAAACAAUGAAAUUGAUUUUGAAUCCCAAAGAGCACUAAUCUGCCAUUUCCGGGUGAUUGAACGGUUGGAUCUUUCUGAAUUUUGGACAGACGGUUCAUUGCAUCUGGGCCAACGUUUUCAUUGGUGGAGAUUGAUUUUGGAGGUCUGAAAGUUGCUAUUCGUUGGCUGGAUAGGUGGGUAUCUUUGAGCAGUGAGUUCACUUUAAGGGCUAUAUUGUGAGUCAUUGUGUUGUGACAAGUUUCGCAAUUCUUUAAGCAUGAAGUCGUCAAAACAGGCUAAAACUCUGAAACAUAAAAAGUCUUCUACAAGAGACUGGUUAAGUUAUGUUGUUGAUGACAAUAAACAGUUAGUAAUCCCGCUUGGACCGCGGUUUCAAGCUGAUGUGCCUGAGUGGACUGGCCCGCCUCAAAGCAGAUACCCUCACAAAACUCUCAACAAUCAAGACUCCUUAAAAUGGUCAGGCACAGUAAUUUGGUCUAACAAAAAUAGAAGACCAGAAGCCGAAAGCGAUGUGAUCGGGAGAGGGAGACCUCAUCGUUGUGAGUGCUACAACCCUGGAUCCAUCCUUUGUGUCAAGAGCCACAUCAACGAGAAAGCAGCCCGUCUUCAGAAAGAGCUGGGACCUGCCUUCCAAAUUUGGAAGUUUGAUGAGAUGGGAGAAGUUGUUGCAAAGUUAUGGAAGCAAUCAGAGCAGCAGAAGUUUUCCCGGAUUGUGAAAACGAAUCCAAGUUCGCAAGGUAAUAAUUUUAUACAAAUCGCAUUGGAAAGUUUUCCAUCAAAAUCAUCUAAUAGCAUAGUAAGCUAUUACUUCAACGUAUACCUUCCUACACAAAUAAGCAUAGAAACUAGGUCAGGAUGUACAUUAGUUGACGGAGAUAAUGAAGAGAAAACCAUUUCUUGUUCCAAAGGGCCACAAAAGAGGGCUCAAGUUGAUGGUGCAGGGCCUUCUUCUAAAGUUAAGAAGGUCGGCUAUUUAAUGGGUCGAAGAUAGGCUGCGUCUAUCUGGGUUUUUUUUUUGUGAAAUCAGAAACACAUAGCUAAGAAGUUUUCAAUUUUCAUGUGUCAUAAGUAAAUCUCUCUGUUAAUGUUUUUCUUCC